AUGUUCCACACGAUCAAUAUCGUCACCCCGAUGGAGGGAAGAGAGCAAAGGGUUCGGGAAAUGCUAGAUCAUCUUGUCUCGGAGGUUCAAAAGAACGAGCCGGAUGCGAUCUCAUUUCGGGCUGUCUGGGACGCUGAUGCGGGAGUGUUCUAUGUGAUCGAGAAAUUCGCCAAUGAAGCGGCUUGGCUGCGCCAUCGCGACCAGCCAUACACGGCAGAGCUGCGCCGCGUGUCGCGGGAAGAGCACAAUCUCGCCAAAAAGGUGGAGGUGCGCACUGUUGAGAGCUUCGCAGAGUUUGCGAGAUAA